GUGGUGACAGUGACAAAAAAAAACAAAUUGUCAAUUGUCAAUAAAAACUAACCUAAUGGCUAAUAGCUAUUCUAUCUCUAAUCUUCGAAAACUGAAUAAAUAAAUAAAGGAAAGGGCUACUGCGUAUAACUCAAUCGUGGCCUAAAAAUAGAAGACGAAAUAAUUAGUGAUUUGAUCAAUUAUUAAUAUAGGUUGGCCUAUAUUAAAAAAGCUAUAAUGUCAGCACUUCGAGCUAGAUUGGGUUCUUCUGUUUUCCUUUCUAGGUUACUUUAUCAUUCGUUAAAUAAAUCAAAACCGAUAAAAUGUGUUACCGUUGCAGCUAAUGGAUUCAAUGAGAAACCUAUGUUUAGUUUAAACUACAGCACAGUUUCGGAUCAUCAGCCUGCAGAAACUACAAAAGGAAAUGCUGAGCGUAAAGAAUUUCAAGCAGAAACACGGAUGCUCUUAGACAUCGUUGCUAGAUCUUUAUAUUCAGAAAAGGAAGUAUUUAUUAGAGAGCUUAUUUCUAAUGCUAGUGAUGCAUUGGAAAAAUUUCGUUAUUUGAGUGUAAGCGCUACACCAGACUCACCACAACUGGAGAACAUUGACAGAGCCUUGGAAAUAAAAUUGACAACCGAUAAACAAAAUAGGACACUUACUUUUGAGGAUUCAGGUAUCGGUAUGACUAAGGAAGAAUUGAUACAAAAUCUAGGCACAAUAGCAAGAUCAGGUUCAAAAUCAUUCAUAGAAGAAAUAAAGAAACAGGGAGCUGAACAAGCCAGUUCCAUUAUUGGACAGUUUGGUGUUGGUUUUUAUUCAGCAUUCAUGGUUGCUGACAAAAUUGAAGUGUUCACAAGAAGCAGUAUUGCUGGGUCUCCUGGAUAUAAGUGGAGCUCUGAUGGAUCUGGAACAUAUGAAAUUCAAGAAGUAGAUGGACUACCUAUCGGUACUAAAAUAGUUGUUUAUUUGAAGACAGACUGUAGAGAAUUUGCUGAUGAUGCUACAGUUAAAAAUAUAAUUAUGAAGUACAGUAAUUUCAUUGGCAGUCCCAUUCUACUAAACAGUGAACAAAUAAACUCCAUAAAGCCAUUGUGGCUAAUGGAGCCCAAGGAAGUGACUCAAGAGCAGCAUAUAGAGUUCUACAGGUUUAUAAGCAAUUCCUAUGACAAGCCACGUUUUACCCUCCACUACAAGACUGAUGCCCCCCUCAGUAUCAGAUCCAUUCUGUAUGUGCCUGAAGGCAAGCCGGGGUUAUUUGAACUUUCAAGAGACUCAGACGUUGGUGUGGCUUUGUACUCUAGAAAGAUACUGAUUAAGAGCAAAGCUGAAAACAUCUUGCCCAAAUGGCUGAGAUUUGUCAAAGGUGUUGUGGAUUCGGAAGAUAUACCAUUGAAUCUUAGUAGGGAGUUACUACAAAAUAGUGCAUUGAUCGCCAAACUACGUACUGUAUUGACGAACCGGUUCCUAAAAUUCAUGGUUGACACAGCUAACAAAGAUCCUGUUGGGUAUGAUGCAUUCUAUAAAGAUUAUUCCUUGUUCUUCAAAGAAGGCAUUGUUACGAAUCAAAAUCCUCUAGAAAAGGAAGAAAUUGGUAAACUGCUACGAUUUGAAUCCUCAAAGUUAGAGAGCGGAGUUAAAACUUCUUUGGCCGAUUACAACGCACGGCAGACUAACGAUCAAAAAAAUAUAUAUUAUUUGGCAGCCCCUAGUCGUGAAUUAGCCCAGUCGUCGCCCUAUUAUGAAUCUUUGAAGAAACGCGACGUCGAAGUUCUGUUUUGUUAUGAGAUGUAUGAUGAGCUCGUCUUAUUGGAAUUGAAAGAGUUUGGAGGCCGGUCUCUUGUUUCAGUAGAGAAUGAUAUGCAAAAGGACCAUGCGGAUCCAAGUGAGACUAUCAUUGGGAGCGACGAUUUGCAACAAGGACAAGUUAAUGAAUUGGUGUCAUUCCUAAAAACGAAUUUGGCAGGCAAAGUGUUUGAAGUACGAACUACGCAAAAGUUAGAUUCCCAUCCCUGCGUGAUCAUCGUUCCGGAAAUGGCCGCAGCGCGACAUUUUAUCAGAACUCAAGCUCAGAACCUAAGCGAGGAAAAUAGAUUUGCUUUGUUGAGACCACAGCUAGAGAUCAAUCCAAAGCAUCCUAUCAUAAAAAAGCUCCAUAAACUAACAAGUAGUGAUAAAGAACUAGCAAACAUGGUGGCACAACAGCUGUUCUCUAAUGCAAUGGUCACCGCUGGCUUAUUAAUGGAUGCCAGAAAUCUGAUUACGAACAUUAAUGAUCUUUUAGUGAAAGCCUUAGAAAAACAUUGAUGUACCUAACUACCUAAAAUUGUAAAAAAAUAUUUAAUUAUAAAUUAUAAUAUUACAUUAUUUACCACA